AUGUUUCUUAAGUGUUUAUUAUUGUUAUUUGUACUCAGUUUUGUUGAAGCAGAUUUUUAUUACGCACCUUCAUCAUGUCCGAUGCGUCGAAUAAAAAAUGGUCGAGCACGGCCACGGCAAAGGGGGACAUUUAUUAAGUUUUCGUGUUCUCCUCGUUAUACCUUAGUUGGCAACAAAUAUGCCACGUGCAGAUUUGGCCAAUGGGAUGUCCCUGCACCCGUUUGUGUCAAAUCGGGCUGCCCACAAUUAGAAGAAGUGAAGAAUUCUGUAAAUAUGACAUAUCACAAUAAUGCGUAUAUAGUUUUCUUCUGUUUGCCCGGCCAUCAACUCAUUGGUUCACCAGUAGUGUACUGCGAUGGAUCCAAAUGGAACUCAACUGUGCCUGGAUGUCUUGAUAGUUCAGCAAAAGUGUCAACGGAAUGUGACUUCGAGCGGCCAGACCUGUGUGGGUGGAAACCUGACGAACUACAUGAUUUCGAUUGGAGGAGACUAAAUAAAAAGACACCCAGUUCCUUUUUGCAAACUGGACCCACUUAUGAUCAUACUUAUGGAAAGAAUGGCUCAGGUUACUACAUGUACAUAGAAAGUACGGGCAGAAUUGAGAACGACACAGCACGUCUCUUGUCUCCAGUCUUUGAUGCUGAACUGGCAAAGAACGGAUGCUUCAUAUUUUACUAUCAUAUGUAUGGAAGGAGUAUGGGUGGUCUCCGGAUUUACCAGAAACCGGAUAAAGUACCAAUGUAUCAACUGCUAAGUGUUUCUAGAAGGAACAAUUACACGCUAUUUGAGCAAUGGGGGGAUCAGGGCAACGAGUGGUACAGUAGUGUCUCAAUGCUUUCUGAUGUCGGUGACAAUUUUCAGAUCGUUAUCGAAGGCAUCAGAGGAAAUAGUUUUAUGAGCGACAUUGCCAUUGAUGACGUGUCUAUACAACAUGGGGAAAACUGUACCAAAGCCAUGCUCGAAGCCACCACACCACCAUCGGUUUUACAGGAAUCAUGUGUGGGUCGCUGUGACCUCUACUCUGAGACGACAGGCUACAGAGGCUGCAGUUGUAGCAUCGUCUGUGUCGUCACCCAGAACUGCUGUCCGGAUUUCCUGGACGUCUGCGAUUUGGAUGGAAUCACAAUAGAUUCAGACACGCGAGUCAGUUCUACAGUAGCGUUACCGCAAACUCAGAAACUUAUAGCGACAACACCGGAGGGGGCUAAUGGAACGGAAAUAUCUGAGUCUAUUACAGAUACAACCUUGACCAAAUUGACAUUACCAACAACAACUUCUACGAAAAGACCAAUAACUAGAAGACCUACAACCACAUCUACAACUACUAAAAGACCACCUAUCAUUACCAAAAGACCGAUUACAACAACGAAAGCACCGACUACGGUUACUAAACCUCCCACUACUGCAUCUACUCGUACUACCACUACAACUCGUAAACCAACUCCUAAACCUAUUCCUAAACCUAUUCCUAAACCUACUCCUAAGCCUACUCCUAAGCCUACUUCUAAACCUACCCCUAAAGCUACCCCUAAGCCUACUACAACUACACUUAAGCCUACGCCUACAACAGUUAGGACUAGUGCUGUAACGAUAUCAUCCAAACCUAUAACGAUGUCAGUAGAAGUGUCUGCAGUAACUAAAGGAAUUACAAUGACUCCUAAGCAUGAUAGACAAGAAAAUCUUGCGAAGAAAUCUGGAGGAAUGAGUGGAGCAACAUUAGCAGUAACAAUUGUACUAGCAAUCGCUGCAAUGGUCGGUUUAGUAUGGGUCGCCAUUUUGCUGACGCGAUCGCGAGGUAUGGCAGCACUCGCGCGUAUUCGAGGUCGCGUUUCCUCCGAUCCUGAAGUCCACUAUUUGAAGUCCGAUGUUGAUGAUGAAUAA